AUGGGCCCGGGUGGUAGGGAGGAGGGAGAAGCAGGGAUGAAGGAGGUCCAAACAGACCUCCCAACUCGCCCCUUAAAAGCCGCGACCCAGACAGGGCGCUGCGACCAAGGGGCCGGCAAAGAUAGGAAGAACUCCCAAGGUGCGGGGGGCGGGAAUAAACCCGCCCUCCCCAAGGUUCCUUGUGCCGCCGCGGUCACGGUGAGCUGCCCCGCCGGCAGCUACGCCGACAUGAUGCGGCGAGCGAGGAACCAAAUAGACUUGGGAGAACUAGGGAUCGGGGAUCUCAGGACUAGAAGAGCUGUUACUGACACGCUGGUCCUCGAGAUCACUGGUCCCGAAGGACACGCCAGGGCGGACGCCCUAAACAAAAGAAUGUUGGCCCUCUUCACCCACAAAAGGGACGUGCGGAUAGCGCGCCCCAUGAAAAGGGCCGACAUUUGUGUCCUUGACCUGGACGAUGCGGCCACCGUGGAGGAUAUAAUUUCCGCGGUGGCGGUCGCCGAGAGCUGCGGGCCCGGGAAAAUUAAGGCCGGGGAGAUCCGCCCUGGACCCGACCGCAUGGGGACGCUCUGGUUACGGUGUCCCCUUGUGGUCGCGAAGAGGAUUACCGGCGGAGGACGCAUACGCGUCGGGUAA